AUGUUCUGCUACCUCCUUCGGCGCUGCAUGCGUUGGCUCGUUUGCACAUCUCCUGGCCAAUGCACUUUCGUAUCUGCAACCCUGCUAAGGCACGACAAGCUGACGCACUGCGGGGUGCUGGAGUUUGUCUCCGAGGAGGGGACUUGCUAUAUGCCUUACUGGAUGAUGCAAAACCUGCAGCUAGAAGAAGGAGGCAUAGUCACCAUAACAAAUGUGUCGCUGCCUAAGGGGACCUUUGUGCAGCUGCAGCCUUUAGAGACGGAGUUUUUGGACAUAAGCAACCCCAAAGCCCUGCUUGAAAUGGCUUUAAGAGGAUACGCAGCGCUGACGAAGGGGGAGGUUGUUUCUCUUCCUUUUCUUGAUUGUGUCUACCACCUCCUUGUUGCUGUACGUAAACCCUAA